GGAUUCGAACCCAAAACGGGCCGGGUAAUGCACUGCGGGCCAAUAUCCUGUAUCACAGACCCGUAUCCCAUUUCCAAUUAUCCGAGCUGCUAAGCGAGUCUGUGCGAACCGGCCAUCCCAUCAGUAAAGGGGAAGAACACCACGGACGGCGGCGUUGGCGAACCAUGGAGGCGACGGCACCGAGGCCGACCGUGACGCAGCACGAGCAGUGGAUGGUGGAGGCUCACGUCUUCCAGAUUUAUGAUGCCUUCGCCGGUCUGCCCCGCAACCCUCAAUCCGUAAUGCUUGAGCUUCAGCGUGACAAGCACAUCGAGUUCUUAACCAAAGCUCUCCGACAGCUCGGUCCAUCUUUUUGCGUUUUGGAUGCAAAUCGACCAUGGCUUUGCUACUGGAUCCUUCAUUCAAUUGCUUUACUGGGAGAGUCGGUCGAUGCAGAACUGGAAAAUAAUGCCAUUGACUUUCUUAGCCGUUGCCAGGACCCCAAUGGUGGAUAUGGUGGUGGACCUGGGCAGUUGCCUCAUCUUGCAACAACCUAUGCUGCAGUUAAUUCACUUAUCACUUUGGGCAGUGAUAAAUCUUUGUCAUCAAUUAAUAGAGGUAAAUUGUACAUGUUUUUUCUGCGAAUGAAAGACCAAUCCGGGGGUUUCAGGAUGCAUGAUGCUGGAGAAAUGGAUGUCCGGGCUUGCUACACUGCCAUUUCUGUUGCAAGUGUCUUAAACGUUCUGGAUUCUGAACUUGUUCAAAAUGUUGGAGACUACAUCUUGAGCUGUCAGACUUAUGAAGGUGGCAUAGCCGGUGAACCUGGUUCUGAAGCUCAUGGUGGGUACACCUUUUGUGGGUUGGCCACAAUGAUUCUGAUCAAUGAGGUUAAUCGAUUGGAUUUGACUAGUUUAAUUAACUGGGUGGCAUUCCGACAGGGUCGAGAGUGUGGGUUUCAGGGGAGAACGAAUAAAUUGGUCGACGGCUGCUACUCCUUUUGGCAGGGAGGUGUGUUUGCAUUAAUACAAAGAUUACAUUCAAUUAUCAAUGAGCAAUUGGGGUUGUCGGAUGUUGGAGAAGGAGAUUCUGCUAUUGAUAGCAUGGGGAGUGACGCAAAAUCUGAUUCGUCUGAAGGAGAACAAGGUUUGGACAGCAGUUUGUCUCAGAUUGAUGAGGCCCACCAUUGUAGGCACAAAGCAGGCAUGCAGAAUGUUUCCAGUCUAGUAGAAUUUUCAAAUAUUGGUUUUGAUUUUCUCAGAGGACGAACAGAAAUGGGACCUCUUUUUCACAACAUUGCAUUGCAGCAAUAUAUACUUUUAUGCUCUCAGGUGCCGGAGGGAGGGUUCAGAGACAAACCCGGGAAGCACAGAGACUACUACCACACUUGUUAUUGUCUAAGCGGCCUCUCGGUGAGUCAGUAUAGCUGUUCGAGAGAUGCUGACUCUCCUCCUUUGCCAAGUGCAAUCCUAGGCCCUUACUCCAAUCUCCUGGAGCCCAUCCACCCUCUCUUCAAUGUCAUCCUGGAACGGUACCAUGACGCUCAUCAGUUCUUCUCAAGGUCAUAAGCAGUUUUUGCCUAGGAAACAUAGUCUGGCCCGCCAUUGUACCUGACUUUUGUUGUUUAGUAUUUGUAACUUUUUCUAGGUAUUUAGAUUGAAGAAGAUGCCAACUUGCAAGCUCCAAAGAGGCAGUUCAAUUGCAGUCUUGUAGAUGGCUGGCUGAUUAUUAUAAUGGAGAUGGUCGGUUUUGUUUUUUAAUAUAAAAGAUGUUGUGCAAUGGACAAAGGGUGGUGUUUUUUAAGAAAAUAAAUAAAAAACAAAUUAUUUUACA